AUGAAGAAAAGUGGGGAGAAAUGUACGGCUAUCGUGAACAAAAACCGUUGUGAAUUCUGCUUGUAUCAUAUAAAACAGGAAUACCAAAAAUGUAGUCAGAGAUCGGAAUUACAAUCAAAUUUUGCUGGAAGAGGUUUGACAGCCCUUAGGAACAAGGUUUUAGGUAAAAACGAAGUUUUUUAUGCUGGUAAAUCUUACAUGGCGAUACCUGCCAAAAAAAGUAGAAAAAUGGAUCAGAUGGAUACAAAUCGUCUCAACUGCUUGAGUGGUAAAAAUGAUGGUAUUGAAGGUGCGAAAGCAAAGACUAAACCAGCUCCUAAAAGAAAAGCUGCUUCAAAGUUAGAUGUGCCUCAAGCGCAGAGAAUGAAAGAUAUAGAAUUAUUGAAAAAAUUAGGUGGCUUGACAGAAAUCGAGAAUAAAAAUAACUUUUCUGGAAAUCGUUCUACUGAAAUUACUUUGGAAGAAUCUAAAAACAUUGCUACAUCUGUGAUAAGUAAACUGAAGGCGAAAACUAAUGAUGAUAAAUUAAUAGAGAAAAAUGAAAACAAAAUCGACUUGUCUGUUAGCUAUUCUUCUGGUAUUUCUUUGGAGGAAUCCAAAAGCACUGCUCUCUCAGUAAUAAAUAAAUUAAAGGCUAAGAAAAUGGAUGUUACAAUGACAGAUUUUGCAGAGAACAAUUCAGCGGAGGAAACUAAAAUUAAUGAACCCCUUGACAACAACCUACCUGACAACUCUUUCAGUGUGGAUAAGGAGUUCGCAGAAUUCGAGAGUUUGGACUACGAUGAUGAUAAUGAUGAUUCUAUAGCACAACUGCAAUCAAAAACACACAAAGCUCCCAAAAAUAAUACUUCCACAACACCAGCCAAUAAGAAAUCUUCACCCAAGGCUUCCGUGAGUAAUGGAAAAAUGAACAUCCAUAUUCCUAAAGAAGCAGAGUCAACUAAAUCCACUUUCCUUUUCAACAAAUCACCCGCCCUCACUUUUCCAAAAUUAUCGGGGUUUGAGCCAGGAAAAAUGAUAGACUUGAACAAGCCAAUGUCGAGACAGAUGACCAAAGCUAAAUUGAACGCUAUCAAGUUGAUUAAAAAAAGUGGCCCUAUUGAAAAAGCUGAUCCGAAUAAUACAAGAGGGUCAGGCAAAAAAAGAGCCAUCGAAGAAAUCACUGAAAAUAGCUCCGCAAAAAAGAGCAAACUUGCUGAGAGCGAGUUUAUUUCAGAUCGAUUCAAAAAAAUGAUGGCGAUGACAUCGAGCCAUAUGGAUUUAUUGGAAGCUAGAGACGAAGAAGCAGCAGAGAAAUACUUCAACAAGUUGGAAGCCAAAGAACAAAUGGAGGAGAAGAUGACGAAUACGUUCAAAAUGGCGUGCAAAGCCGUGAAAUGCCUCAAGUGCAAGUAUACCAGCUUUUCAGCUUCGGAUUUAUGUAAAACGGAAAGACAUCCGCUGAGAGUAUUCGAUGCAAUGAAGAGGUUCUUCAAGUGCGGAAACUGUGGCAAUAGGACCGUUAGCUUAGAAAUCAUACCGACUAGGCCUUGCACGAAUUGCGGAAGUGGCAAGUGGGAAAAAACUGGGAUGAUGAAGGAAAAACUGGUUACUGCAGCGCACAGCUUGUCCAUAAGAGGGGGGGAACAGAAAUUCGCCAAUUCGGUUGUUAGUGAUGCCAAUAUAAAUCUUUUAGUGCCUGACAGUUGA